GAAAACCUUCUCCCUCAGAGUGACAUUAAAAGACUGAUGUCUGAAACAUACUAUGCCCAGCGCAUCACUCUGAAUAGUGAGGAAAAUAUAAUCAAAGUCAUGGAAGAAUGGCCUUACCUCUUCGACACCACCCAUCUGCUCGACCACACAGAGAAACUAAUAGGAUUUCCUGUCCAAACCAAAUUGCUGGACCAAAUUCAGGAGAAGGGCAAGAUCAUUACGGAGUUUCUUGGUAGCAAGGGAAUCACAGGAGUAACUAGAGAGCCAUUGAAACUCCUCCAGGGUCUAGUGAAGUACCUCGCAGAGGAGCAAAAGGUGCUUUUAAUAAAUGAAGAAGAUGCCUUAGCAGAGCUGCCAUGCACCCCGUGUAUCAUAGUUAUGGAUGAAGGAAGAUACAAGAUGUCAGUGGAUGAAGUCACAGUUGACAUCAUCGGCUGUCCACUAGUUGCUGUGAGCUAUAUGUUCAGCCUAUAUUAUGUGCUGAAUAUAAAGUAUCCAAAGGGAGCAGCCCUGACUCUGGAGUUCAUCCAGAGGUGCCUGCUAGGGAUAAACCCAGAACGGGGCACGAAAGCAGAAAAGGGGGGGAAACAGUACAACAUUCCCCCAAAACUGCUUCGAUUCCUGUCUGACCUUAAUGACUUCAAGAAUCCGUGGAAGAUUUAAAGCAGAAGAAGCAUCUCAAAUGGAGAGAAAGGAGAAGGAUGUGUCUGCGUACAGCUAUCUUUAUGGAGGACAACCAUGGGGUAUUAACUUUUUUUAAAUGAGGACCAUUUCGCAAAGUGAGGACAUUUAAGCCGGCCUCACUUUAUUUUCACUGUAAUGGCCUUUAGAGGCUAUUUACAUGCUUCUUUCAAGUUUUCAGAGAGAUCCUCAGAAAGGUGCAAAAAUCAGUUACUGUGCAUCUACACCUGUGUACGUACUCUGAAUACACACACUUUUGCUCUCUGUUGUCCUCUACUGACAUGGAUUUAUUUGCACUGGAGAAACUAAAACUAGAGAAAGACAUGUCACAUGGUUUUAGUAGGUGAAAUGAAAUGCAUAUUCAAUUUCAUUCUGGUCUAUUUAACUAUACUUGUGUUAUAUUGUAGAAAGUAUUUUCAUACUCUGCCUGAGAUGUACUUAAAAUGUAAACAGCUACAUGUUUUUAAUUCCAAAUUGACCUACUCUCAAUGUAUAGCCUUUUUUGUGAGAAAUGUUUUAUGUUACAGCCUGACCGAGGUUUCAGUGGCCGUUUUAUUACUCUGCAUUCUGCAUUGAGUCAAUGUACAACAGAAGUACACACACUGUGUUCAUCAGCAUACACCUUGUUCAUGUUAUCGAUCGGCCAGUUGGAUGCUGGUUGACCUUUAGUGGGAGGACUGUAUUUUUCUUAAAAUUGUAAACUUCACUCCAACUCUUCAGAUGUGUGCUUACACAGGCAUACAGUAUUUAUGGAUGAUUUAAAUUCCAAUACAACUACUGCUUUUGUUGGAUAAAAACUGGGUGUUAGUGGCUUAGAUUGUUAUUGUUACACAUGCUAAGCCUCUGUCCAAUACAUCAAGAUAACCAAAGCUCACAAGCAUAUUUACUAUAUGCACACAUGUUCUGAUAGUGAUGUUGAUAGGGUUUUUUUUGUCCCCAAGAGCCACAGGUCAUUUGUGUGGGUCCCAGGGAAAUUUAGUGGAUCUCCGAUAAGGCUGCACAAUAUGAGGAAAAUGUGCGAUAACGUUGUUGAAUAUCGCGAUAAUGAUAUAGCUUGUAAUGUGACAAA